UACUGUUCCAGGUAUUCGACACCUGCCCUUCAUUCACAAUCCAAAUUACCCCCAAACGCUGUUUAUAAACACAGCGAAGUACCCCCCACAACCAAACACCUUAACCCCCGCCAAAAUGAGCAGCUUCGCCACCUUUUACACAGCCUGGAGCGACCAACUCCAGCAACUUCUCCGGAAGCUCUGUUCGGCCCCGAAACCACCCACCACACAAGACCAGCUUCACCACUUGAACCACCUUGUCAGCAAGCUCCUCUCCCACUACUCGGAGUACUACAGAGUCAAAGCCGCUGCCGCCGAACGCGACGUCCUCGACAUUUUCGCCGCUCCAUGGGCUUCCUCUUUCGAGAAAAGCCUCCAUUGGAUUGCCGGGUGGAGGCCGACCACGGUUUUCCAUUUGGUUUACACCGAGUCCAGUAUUCUGUUCGAAUCCCACAUCGUCGAUAUCCUUCGUGGGGUUCGAACCGGUGAUCUCGGUGACCUCUCACCUACACAGUUCAGGCGAGUGAGCGAGUUACAGUGCGAGACGGUGAAGGAAGAGAAUGCAAUUACGGAUGAAUUAUCCGAGUGGCAGCACGGUGUGAGCGAUCUUAUGGGAGCAUCCACCGACGUCGAUCAAAUGAUCGGACGGCUGGUAACAGUCGUUUGGAAGGCCGAUGAUCUACGGUUAAGAACGCUGAAGAGAGUGGUGGAGUUGUUGACCCCACAACAAGCUAUAGAGUUCCUGAUUGCCGCGGCCGAGUUACAGUUGGGGAUCAGAGAGUGGGGGAUGGAUCAGGACCGUCAAUGCAACUAUUGAACAAGUGAUUUAGGAUUUGGAUGGUGAUUAGAGUGUCGUUGAUGAUAGCAAUUUGGUAAUUAUGGUUUGUUCUUUUUUUUGGUGGGUUUUCUUUUAGCCCUA